AUGGGUCAAGGCAGUGGACAGUCCUCGAUCCGGGCCGGCUCGAUGGACAAAGAUACCACCAUCGAGCAUGUCAAAUCCACGGACGGCGAGACGCUGGAGCAGAACAUUCUCAAUCGAUAUGACCUGCUCAAGACCAAGAGUCAGGAAGAGCUCGAUGCAUUGAACAAGAAGGUGGUGAAGAAGCUCGAUUGGAAGUUCUUGCUAUGCAUCACAAUCAUGUUGCUCAUGAAACUAUACUCAAGCGAUUCAUCGGAGCCAUCGCUGACCUUUCAACCUUCUUCAGACGUCUCCAACGCUCGCCUCGCCGGCAUGCAAGAAGACUGCAACAUGACCGACGUCCAAUGGUCCACCGGAAUCUCCCUCUUCUACGUCGGAUACAUCAUCUCGCAGAUCCCCGCAAACGUAAUCAUCGCGAAAGGAAAGCCACAAAUUCUGCUCCCCUGCUGCAUGUUGAUGUGGAGUGCCGUCACGAUCUGCAUGACGGCGAUGAAAUCACCUUGGGCCUUCAUGCUCUGCCGCUUCUUAGUCGGCUUCACCGAAGGACCCUUCCUCCCGGCUGUGUCUUUGAUGACCACCAAGCACGAGUCCCCUCUCCGCCGGGAGCCUCACCAGGGCAACAUCGUCAGCAACAUCUUCUCCGGUCUCCUCGCAGCCGGGAGCCUCACCAACAUGGACGGAAUCGCAAACAUGCACGCCUGGCAAUGGUUCAUCCUCCUCGAAGGCAUCGUCAGCAUCGCGGUCGCAUGUCUCGGCUUCUGGCUUAUCCGCAACUGGCCCGACAACACCGGCACCUACUUCUUCACACCCGAAGAGAGCCAGAUGGCAUCCUACCGCGCUUGCGUCUCCGCCGGGGGAAUCUUCGAAGACGACGAAGGCGGCAUGUGGGAAGACGUGGCGCUUGCGUGCAAGGAUCCUUUUACGUGGAUGUUCGCUUCGAUGCACUUCGCUUUGAUCAUUGCGCAGUCGUUCGAGGACUUUUUGCCGUCUAUUAUGGAUACUUUCGGGUUCUCCAAGGUCAACACUUAUCUCAUCCAGGCGCCGCCCAUCCUCUUCUGUAUGGCUGGAGCCGUGCUCAUCACUUCGACACUCAACGUCGCCGCUCGAUACUUUGCCAUGUUCCUUCUCUGUACUGGUCCUUUCGUCGGCUUGAACUUGCAAAUCUCCUGGGAGACGACAGUGGUGCCUCGGCCUCGUACGAAGCGUGCGGCGCUGAUUGCCAUUGCCAACUGUGUGAGCAGUGUGAGCCACUGA